UUUUAGUUUUUUUCCUUCUAAACUCUCUUUUUAUCGCUCCUCUAACCUACUUACAAAAUCAAAGCACUCCGUCCGUAACCCUAACUAAGCUUCAGCGCCGUCUACCGGUCACCGUCUACGUUCAUCCACCGACGUCCCUCUAAGUGAAUAACAAUGAGGAAGUUAAAGUUUCAUGAGGCUAAGCUUUUGAAGAAGGUGAAUUUUUUGGUAUGGAAGAGAGAAGGGAAUCACAGAGAGGCCAUGGUUAUGCGACGAUACCAUAUUACCGGACGGGAUGAUUACAAAAAAUAUGCAAGUCUAUGCCGGAUGGUUCAGAAGUUAGUAAGUGAAGUGAAACAGAUGGACCCCAAAGAUCCUUUUCGAGUUGAUAUGACCGAUAAGCUUUUGGAAAAACUUUACAACAUGGGUGUGAUUCCAACCAGGCAAAGCAUCACACAAUGUGAACGCUUAACUGUGUCGUCCUUCUGCAGACGGAGGCUUUCAACUGUUUUGGUGAAAAUGAAAUUUGCUGAGCAUUUGAAGGAAGCUGUAACGUAUAUUGAGCAGGGGCAUGUUCGAGUUGGUCCAGAUACAAUUACAGAUCCAGCUUUCCUUGUUACUAGAAACAUGGAAGACUUCAUUACGUGGGUGGAUUCAUCAAAGAUCAAGAGAAAGGUGCUUCAGUACAAUGACAAGUUGGAUGACUAUGAUUUAUUGAAUUAAUUGGCCUGUUUUGCUUUACCAUUGAACAAAUAUUUUGUUGUGGACAUGGAUGAACUCUAAGACUAUCCGAAUUUUUAAAUUUUUAGUGGAUGAAUUUUUAAAUUUGUAUGGUUCUGUUCUUUAGGGCGUAAAGAAACUUGGAUGUAGGUUGUGUUUGGCC